AUGCCGGCCACCAAAAUUGACGGCACGGCCAUCGCCAAAACGAUCCGGGACCAAAUCUCCAAGGAUAUUGCCGAGAAGCAAUCCAAGAAUGCUCGCUACAAGCCAAGCCUGGUCAUCGUCCAGGUCGGCGAUCGCGGUGACAGCUCCACCUAUGUUCGCAUGAAGCUCAAGGCUGCCGAGGAGGCCAACAUCACCUGCAAGCUUGAGAAAUAUGACGAGUCCAUCACCGAGCAGGAGUUGUUGCAAAAAAUCGAAGAGUUCAACUGGGACAACAGCGUUCACGGUCUGCUCGUACAACUGCCUCUCCCUUCCCACAUCGACGAGUACACCAUCACCAGCGCGGUCGCAGACGAGAAGGAUGUGGACGGCUUUGGCGCAAGCAACAUCGGUGAGCUUGCCAAGAAGGGAGGCAAGCCGUUGUUCCUCCCUUGCACUCCCAAGGGUGUCAUGGUGUUGUUGAAGGAGGCCGGCGUUGACCCCAAGGGCAAAAAUGCUGUGGUCAUUGGACGAUCUGAUAUUGUUGGAGCUCCCGUCAGCUACCUGCUACGCAAUGCGGACGCAACCGUCACUGUCUGCCAUUCCAAGACUCAAAACCUUCCCGAGAUUGUCAAGCAGGGUGACAUUGUCAUUGCCGCCAUUGGCAAACCUGGCCUCGUCAAGGGCGAAUGGCUCAAGGCCGGAGCAGUUGUCAUCGAUGUUGGCACGAAUGCCAUUCCAGAUGACACCAAGAAGUCCGGUACCCGCUUGGUUGGUGAUGUUGACUUCGAAUCUGCUGUUGAGGUUGCCAGCCAAAUCACUCCUGUGCCUGGCGGAGUUGGUCCGAUGACCGUUGCUAUGCUUCUUUCCAACACCGUUGCUGCCGCUGACGCUGCAGCCGCGCGCCAAAAGGACCGCUCGAUCAGACCCCUUCCGCUCAAGCUCCUCCAGCCAGUUCCUUCGGAUAUCGCUGUCUCGCGUGCCCAACGACCCAAACUCAUCACCAAGCUCGCGUCAGAAAUCGGCAUCGCUCCUCACGAGCUAGAGCCGUACGGUGCAUACAAAGCCAAGGUUUCCUUGGAUGUUCUCGGACGGCUGGAGCACCGACGAGAUGGUCGAUACAUUCUCGUUGCUGGCAUCACUCCCACACCGCUCGGUGAAGGAAAGAGUACCACCACCAUCGGUCUUACUCAGGCGCUGUCAGGUCAGCUAGGACGUAUUGCCUUUGCAAACGUCCGUCAACCUUCCCAGGGUCCCACAUUCGGUAUCAAGGGUGGUGCAGCAGGCGGUGGUUACAGUCAGGUCAUACCCAUGGAGGAGUUCAACCUUCACUUGACUGGUGACAUUCACGCCAUCACUGCUGCCAACAACUUGCUCGCUGCCGCCAUCGACACGCGUAUGUUCCACGAAGACACCCAAAAGACUGGUCCCCUUUACAAGCGAUUGGUACCUGCCAAGAAGGGCAAGCGAACUUUCCUUCCUUCAAUGAUCAAGCGAUUGCAAAAGUUCGGUAUCAACAAGACCAACCCAGAUGAAUUGACCGAGGAAGAGAUCACCAAAUUCGCUCGCUUGGACAUUGACCCUGAGACCAUCACCUGGAGACGUGUUCUUGACGUCAACGACAGGCAUCUCCGUGGAAUUACCAUUGGUCAAGCUCCAACUGAAAGCAAGAUUGCCCCACGAGCCACCGGUUUCGAUAUCUCCGUGGCUUCGGAAUGUAUGGCUGUUCUCGCUCUAUCCACUGAUCUUUCCGACAUGCGUGAUCGUCUCGGCCGCAUGGUCGUUGCCUCAUCACGCGCUGGUGACCCGGUCACUGCGGAUGAUCUGGGUGUCGCAGGCGCUCUCGCCACGCUCAUGAAGGACGCCGUUAAGCCCAACAUGAUGCAAACAUUGGAGGGUACUCCAGUAUUUGUCCACGCUGGUCCAUUCGCCAACAUCUCCAUCGGCAACAGCUCCAUCAUCGCCGACCGUGUUGCGCUCAAGCUUGCUGGUACCGAACCGGAAGAAGAUGCUGAGCGCAAUGACAAGGUGGGUUUCGUCGUCACCGAGGCCGGCUUCGACUUCACCAUGGGUGGUGAGCGUUUCAUGAACAUUAAGUGCCGCGCUUCCGGCCUUGUACCCGAUGUUGUUGUGAUUGUUGCUACGGUUCGUGCUCUCAAGGUUCACGGCGGUGGCCCUGAGAUCACCCCUGGCGCCCAACUCCACGAGGUCUACCGCACUGAGAACGUCGACAUCCUCCGCAAGGGUUGUGUCAACCUGGCCAAGCACAUCGCCAACGCCAAGUCUUACGGCGUCAACGUCGUGGUUGCCAUCAACAAGUUCGAGACUGACACCGAGGCUGAAGUCCAAGUCAUCCGCGAAGAGGCUCUCGCUGCAGGCGCCGAAGACGCCAUCUCUGCCAAUCACUGGGCCGAGGGUGGAAAGGGUGCCGUCGAUCUCGCCAAGGGCGUCAUCUCCGCCGCCGAGAAGGCCGACGCCAGCAAAUUCCACCUCCUCUACACCGCUGAGCCCUCGAAAACCACCUCCACCGACGCCGCCGCCGCCCCGGCCAUCCAAGACUCCGCCAUUUACCAGCGCCUCCUCACCAUCUGCCGAGACAUGUACGGCGCCGCCACCAUCUCCCUCUCGCCCAUCGCCGAGCGUAAACUCGCCACCUACACCGCUCAAGGCUUCUCCCACCUCCCCGUCUGCAUCGCCAAGACCCAAUACAGCAUCUCCCACGACCCUGCCCUCAAGGGCGCGCCAUCCGGCUUUGACGUCCCGAUCCGUGACGUGCGUCUCGCUGCCGGUGCGGGUUACCUCUACGCUCUCGCCGCGGAUAUCCAGACCAUCCCUGGUCUACCCACGGCGCCUGGUUACUUGAACGUGGAGAUCGAUGGAAAGACCGGCGAGAUUGAUGGUUUGUUUUAG